AUGGCUCGUAGAUGGGCUAGGAGGUUAGAGCGCUAUUGCUGCAACUGCCUUACAUAUUUCCCUUUAGCAUUCGUCUACAGCCUUUCCACGUGGGCAGUAUGGGUUGUCGUUAGUAUAGGGUCAAGCGCAACACAGAAGCCGGGCUGGAUAGGAACGAAAUCAUCCAUCGGCGGCGUCUUUCUUUACCUCAUGCUCAACUGGUGUUAUACAACCGCCGUCUUUACGAAUCCCGGUAGUACAACUAAUUCUACCGGCUACUCAACCCUGCCUACCAAUAACCCUCCACAAGCUACCUCCUUCACCGUCAAGUCCAAUGGCGAAAUGCGCUUCUGCAAGAAAUGUCAGGCCCGGAAGCCCGACCGCGCGCAUCACUGCUCAACCUGCCGGCGCUGCGUGCUUAAGAUGGACCACCACUGUCCCUGGCUAGCUACCUGUAUCGGACUGCGCAACCAUAAGGCUUUUCUGUUGUUCCUCAUCUACAACACCCUCUUCUGCUUCUACUGCUUUGCCGUCUCCGGGUCAUGGGUCUACGAUGAGAUGCUAACACAGACUCAAUAUAACAAUACCUUGAUGCCGGUUAAUUUUAUCAUGCUCGCCGUCGUUUCCGGAAUCAUCGGCUUGGUUGUUGGCGCUUUCACCAGUUGGCACAUACUUCUCGCAAGUCGGAAUCAAACAACGAUCGAAUGCCUUGAGAAGACCCGCUACCUCAGUCCCCUACGAAAGACGCUGCAAAAUCGAUUUAUCGCACAGCACAACGGCGAGGGUAUCCAGCUACCGAGAUAUGGCCAGCAACUGCUGGAUAUCCACGCCAAUGCACUCCCAGGUGUCACAAGACCCGAGGAAGGCGAGGUAAGGACAAGCAUGGAUGGAAGUGACGUACCUCAGCAGCUGUCAUACGAGGAUAUGGAGCGCGUUCGAGCCCAGAAGCGAUACGAGGAGUAUAUGGACGAGCAAGAUUCGGAGAAGUUGCCCAACGCUUUCGAUCUCGGCGCCAAGAGAAACUUGCUGCACCUAUUCGGCCCCACACCGGGACUUUGGUUCUUCCCUAUUGUCAACACUACCGGCGAUGGAUGGAGCUGGGAAGCUAGUCCGAAGUGGAUCGCCGCGCGGGAUCGGAUCGCGAUGGAGAGAGACGAUCAAAGACGAAGGGAACGCGCCGCCGGAUGGGGUGAUCCGGAUCCUUCAUUUGUCCCUAUCACUACUACCGUUGCACGACCGAAUGGAGCUGGUCCAGUGAGGAAUUAUGUUGGGGCACCAAACCCAAAGCUACAGCUUUCCGGUAAUGGUGGCCGACGUACGCCAUCAAAAGCAGACCGCAUUUUGGGUCGGGACCCGAAUCUAUACGUUGAUCAACCGGCUGGAUCCAUGUCGAUGCGGACUUUGAAUAAGCAGGGUAUGGAUAUCGAAAAUGAGUUUGACGAUAGUAGCGAGGAAGAAGAGGAAGAUCAAGAAGACCCGGAAACUAAGGCGUUGAAUCUGGUUACAAACGGCGGAUGGGCAAAAAGUGGUGCUAGCGGAUUACUAAAGCCGUCACCGAAGAAUAGUAAUACCAGACGAUUCACACCACCGAAGAGUUUUGCAAAACAACAAGCUCACGACGAGAACGACGAGGUGGACUGA